AUGCUUGCUUAUACUAAUCCAAUUAUUAAAGAAACUCAAAAUACAUCAAGUGGAUUAAGUAUUCAAGAUAUACAACAAUUAGCAUUUUUAAAUCAAAUAUAUAAUCAAUUGAAUAUAGGACAAUCUAGUUCUUUUAAUGUUAAUUCUAUAUCUCAAUCUAAUACAUUAGUUACAGAUAUACCAGGUAUUAAUAUUCCUGGAAAUUAUCAUCCAACUACAAUUUCUUCACAAGAUGUCACUUUAACAGAUUUAAGUUCUAAAUCGAAUCCAUCAAUUCAUUUUACAAACAAUGAUAAUUCAAUUUUAGCAGGUCAAAUAUUCAAUAAUAUUUGUAAUCUUCAAGCAGAAAAUCAAAAACAACGACAAAAUAAUAUGUAUUUUUCAGAUAAUAUUUCUGAUACAUUGAAGUAUUCAAAUCCAAUACCUUUAAAUAGUACAACAUCUACUAAUGAAUUAUAUUGUUCCUCUGGAUCAGUUAACCCAAUGAUCUUAAAUACCUCUGUUCCUGCAUCAAAUAAUAUCAGUUCAUUAAAUGAUAAAACUAGUAUUUCUUCUGCAAAUAGUUUAGCCUAUGCUCAAGCUUUAAUGAUGAUUAUGAAUGCUAUGUAUGGUAGCUACAAAACUGGUCAAACCUCAGUUCAAAAUGAUCAACCCAAUGGUUUAAAUCUACCACAGAGUGGUUUAUUUAAUUAUAAUACAAAUCAACAGUCAAUAAAUUCAUCUACUGUUCCUAGUACACCAUUGAAUACAGAACCAAAAGAAUCAUUCAAUGAUGUUCUAACAUUUCUAGGUCAAUGUUUAAAUAGUUCUACUAGUUAUAAUGAUAAAACGUUGUCACAUAGACAACAGAAUACAUCUGUGAAACAAUCACAGCAAGUAACAAAUCUCUCAUGUUCAAAGUCUACUACCACAAAAAAGUUAUCUGGAAGACAAAGAACGACUAGCAGAAAUCAUCAGUCAGAUCAACCGACUACAUCUACAACAACUCAUCGUGGUAGAGGUAGACCACCAAAAUUAGCUGGUGUACAAUAUCAAACACAAAGUAAACAACAACAGCACAAACGAGAUAAGUUGACAACUCACAACGAUAGACAACCACAGGACAAUACUGGAGGAAAUUCAGCUGUUGUGUCUGAUAGUAUAUCUCACUGCGAUCAAAACUGUUCUCAAAUGAAACCGGAAUUCAUCAUGUCGUUUUCUAAACCAAAAGGCAACACACAUGGUGUUACUGAUAUGAAUGAUUUGAAUAUAUUCCCAGGUUCUAUGUGUUUCAGUGAAUCAAAAAUUAAAAUUGAACCAGAUUCUCAAGAAAAAAAGUUAUUUAGCACAACUACUGAUAGGAAUGAAUCGAGUGUGGAGGAAACUAUUGACGAUGUUCUGAAAAGUAUUGCAGACUGUAAAGGUGAUCUUGCAACAUUAGCUAGCCAGUUGGCAUAUAGUACCCUAGGAAUCACUUCAAACAAACAAUUCUGUAAAGAUCAAACUGAGGUUGAUAACAAUGAUUCAUGUAUUGUAAAUAUGAGCACAACUUCAGAUUUAGCUUCUAAACUAUCUGAUACAAAUAAUCCGUCUUUAAUAUCCCAUGGACAAUCAAGUUCACAUGUCCCAGUUCAUUCCGAAUGGAAUCUACAAGAUGUUACUAAAAUGUUAGACAAAUUGGUAUAUUUAUGUAAUCAAAAUAACCCUCAAGAUAAGGCGCCUAAUACAACAGGAAAUUAUUUCAACCAAUCUGAAUUCACAGAAACAAAUUUAAAUAAUUGUGCAUCAUCAACAAAAUGUAAUUUGAAUACUGUUGUUGAUUCUAAAGUCUGUUUACCGCAAAUCGGAAGUCAAACUGAAAUGAAAUCCAUAUGUGAUACUAGUUAUUCAUUCUGUCCAUCCGAAGAAAAAAUCAAUUCUUCUAUUGCUUUAACCUAUUCAUCUUUAACUCCUACUAGUUCUUUUAUGGAUCCAAAUCAAGUGAAAAUGUUUCCAUAUCAUGUUUCUCAAGUUCAUCCUAAAACGGAUAUGUGUUUAAAUAGUACAAAAAAUCAGGAAGUACCAGUACAAAAUCAACAGUUAUAUCAACUAACAAAUGAAAAAACACAUCAUGGAUUAUAUAAUGGUACAUCAGAAAAUAUACUUAAAUCAACCAGUUUAUCCAGUUCAGAUGAUAAUUAUUCUCAUCUUUCUUCUAACACAACAAAUUCACUGUAUCAACAAAAUUCAGCUGAAAAAGAAUAUUUAAAAAUUUUUUCAUUGAAUUUGUUAAACAACAAGAACAAUUACAAAAAGAAAAAGAUGAAUUCAUAA